GUGACCAUACUGUAUGUAUUAUUGCCCUUUUGCUUCUGCUUCUGCUUCUGCUUCUUCCAUCACCACCACUUCAUGCAUUCAUCCAUUCUGUGUCUCACCCAUCCAUCCAUUUUCUCUCUCAUUCUCUUAAUCCUUUUGACUAACAGACGCAAUGACAGACUCAAUGACAGCCCCCCCAAUGACAGAGACAGGGGUUCUCUCCCCCUCUCUCCCCCCAGGUCCAAUGGAAACUAUGCACCCCACAUCCUCCUACAUCUCUCCUCCUUCUCCGCUCCAACUGUGGGCGGAGAUGAUGCAUUCAUGCUCAUAGCCAGAGCUACUCGCACACAUGUUUCCGAGGAUAAACGUGGGGGAGACCCCUCCAAUGGCCUGGAUGAAGAUUCUUUUUCCGCACUGGAUUCCAUAUUCCUAAUAGUCCGAAGCUUAGAGGAGGAAAUCCCCCCCCGCGCCGUGGCCUCGUCAAGUGGGGGAGAACGUGGGGGUGGAUGGAGAAAGCAAAGCAGGGCGAUCAGGGCUUCGAGGUUCCAUUCAAUCCAAUAACUGAUCCAGGUGAGUUUGUUGCCUGCGAAUCA